UCCGAAAUCCCUAAAUGUGAAUAAAUACCGAAAAAGGUAUCAGCGGUUAGUUUUUCGCCUGUUAUUCAAAAACGCCGAUUUAUGCAUUUUUAAAAAGUGUAUGUUAGUGUAGAUAUGAAAAUUUGUGGUUUGCAUAACAAUCGAGCAACAGUAUCACACACGGAAGGUAGGGCAUCAGUAAUGGAAUCAUUUUUUCAGCCACAAUUUAGAAGUCAGUUCACUGAUGAGGUGAAGCAAAAGCGGGCUAUUACAGAUCAUCUUAUUAACAAAAUCCUCUAUUCCAAGCGAUUGCUUGUUGACCAUGUAGAAGCUUUGGAACAGUGUUUGCGGCAUGUAAAGCAGCCAGUGUUGGCUCCGGAUCAAACAGACGCCAGCAGUGCAGGCGUUGCUGCUAUCUCGGGUGAAAGUUUCAGAUGUCAACCAGUAAGCGGUGAAAUCUUCACGGCACGGACAACUUGCAUAUUGCUGGGUACAACCAUUUUGGAACAUUUCAUUACGCCGAAAGCAUUGCGCUUAACAUUAGUACCAUCCUUGCUCUUGACGGCCAGUUUCAGUGCUAUUUACAUAGUUAAAAAUAUAUUUAUAUUUCGUAAUAAAAUUGUUGAGAGUGAAUUAGAUAGUUUGAUACGCACAAUUGAUGAAUUCGGAAAUUGUAUUCGACGCAAUAUGACUUAUUUCAACGAAAUACUUAUAAUGAAGCAGCAGGAGUUAAUAGAAUCUCGACAAAUAGAGCGUGCAUGGGACUGUAUUACAUCCGCAAAGGAAGUGACAGAGAUAUUGUAUGAAGCGACUCGCAAAUUAGAAGCGCAGUAUCCAUUACCCACGCGUUUUUCACAGUAUUACUCGCCGAUGGAAGAGUUGCGCGAAUGUGAAUAUUUUAAAAAUAACGUUACGGAUUAUAGCCCGAAGCAUAUUAAAGACUUUCACAACAUAUUUGCAUAUGUUCAAUCUCAAUUUUUGUUACGGCUUGCUUUUACGAUCUCAACCAAACCUUCAAUAAGUGAGUUGAACGCUGAGCUGGUUAAAAUCGAUUGUCUCAUCCGACAGCUAGUGCAGGAAGAAGAUAAUCACUUCAGAAAUUUAGCUUUUGAAUUAAAUAAAAAGAAGCAGCUGGAAUUACAGGCAUUAAAUGCCACCAAGACGAUGCAAAAUCGCGGCGGUCCUGUCGCAGUGCUGCAGGACUCUUCACUUAAACUGAGCGCUUGCAUGGUUGCUGUUGCUGGAGAAUGCCAGGCGCUAGACAUAACACUACAGCGACUCACAGAAGCUGAGUCAGAACGAAAAGAUAACGGCAAGCAGCUACUGCAAGUAGCGAAUAAUAUGCGCGCAAUAGAAAGUGCAUUAUCCGUUUGCUUUGACGAUUUCCAACGACUAAUGUUGGUGUACAAUAAAUUCUUAAAUAGCAAACUAGACAAUCAAGAUAAACUUACAACACUGCAGUGCGAAAAGGCCGAAGACGCCGAUGAUGAAUAUCCUGAAAGUUUUUUGCGCAUUGAAAUUUCUCAAAAUCAUAAUGAUGUAGAAACUCGUGAUGAUUUCUAUGCAUACAUGUAUGAUGAACAAAAGGCGAAAUCUGAAAAGGAACAGGAAGAAGCUGAGACUAAGGCAAAGCGUAAUACGGAUCACGACAUGGAAAUUCUAAACUUUGAAAAACGUAUAACAAAGGGAAAAUUCCGGCCGGUACUGAAGCAAUUAAAAGAUCGUAUCGAUCCGAUACGACAUGACAUGCUAGAGAAGGAACGCCAAGUGUUAGCAGCCAAAGGUAUUAAUGUUGAUGACUUCUUUGGUAAAGACAAGAAUUCAAAGAGCUUGGAGACCGAUAAAAAAACAGUAGAUAUGAGUAACAGCAGUGUAGAACAGAGUGAUGAAAGCGACAGCGGCGGUUCCGCUGAUUUGGAGUUUGAACGAAGAAACAAGAAAUUAAAGGAACGUGAUAACUUUGCAGAAAUGCGCAAUUUUCUAGCACAAAAGCAAGCAAUUAAUAUAUUCAAGUUGGAUGAAACAGCGCCAAGGACAAGCAUGGGCGAUGAAGAAAUAUUGGAGAGUGAAUGUUAAAGCGACUAAGCGCUGUUAAAGAAAAAUAUUAGUUGCGGCGAAGGAUAGAGUGAGACUUAAGUAAUUAGAAUUUCAAAUGGCAUAGCAAACAAACAGUCAGAUAAGAGUUUACUGAUUAGCAAUACUUCUUACUUUGUGUUUAUUAUUCGUUGAUUUUUCCAAAUGUAAUGCAUAACUACAUAAGUGUAUAUGCACUAUGUAUGUGCUUACAUAUACUUACUCAAGUUUUUGAUUUUAAUUGUU